AUGGGUCGUGACUAUGAGCUAAGUCAGGACUUUCGAGGUGAGGUCAUCGUCCAGGAGGUGGCGAUACCAAAAGUCGGGGUCCUGCACGCCGGAAACAGCAUGAGCCCGGUGGAGUGGCUCCUCGCUAGGUCUGGGGACGCGAUUUACCUGUGCUUCCGUGGUACGGAAGAUGUCCAGGAUGCUGCGAUUGAUCUCAGUGUCCUGCCAGACUACACCCGGUUCAAGCACGGCAUCGGCGUGCAUGGUGGGAUAGCCCAAGCCCUCGAGCAGAAGGGGAAAAACACUCGUCAUGUCUUGAACGAUGUGCUCGAGGCUUUGCGGCGGCACCGUAAGGCUGGAGAGCGCCUGGUCCUUUGUGGCCACUCGCUCGGGGGAGGCUAUGCCCAAGUAAUGGCCGUCCACUUGCUGAGUCGGAGGGUGGAUGUCACGGCUGUUCGAACCUUCGGUGCUCCUCAUGUCUUCGUACCACUGGAGCAGGAGGAGGAAGGGGAGGAGAGAGAAACUUCUCCAUUGUGGAAGCAGUUGUGUUCGAUUAGCCAGCAUUGGGUGCAGGAGUGGGACCCCAUUCCGCGGAUUCCCCUUUGCAAAGCCUGGCUGACAGAGGUGCUGCCAAAGCUGAAACUCGAACUCGAAGGGAUCCGGGUUGGCAUGGCCAAGACACUUCUUCGGGCAAUUCAGCAGAACUACAACGGAGCCAAGGCGCCCUUGUUGGAGGGCUUCGACGUCGCCGGCGAGGUCGUGCUGGUGAGCAAGGCACGCAUCUCAGCCCACAUUGCACGGGAAGGAGCAUGGCCUCAGAAGGAGCUUCUCAGUGAGAAGCCCCCCGAGGCAUCGAUGACUUUGAACAAGCUGAAUGCCGACCACGAUAUGAAAGAAUAUCUGCAGAUCGCUCGUCUGUUGACUGGCCCAGAAGCGGCCUGA